AUGACCGAAGCUUUCCCCGCUGCCUUGGUAGGGCCUUCGUCCAAGGAGAGGAAAUAUGACCGCCAACUGCGUCUGUGGGCUGCUAGCGGUCAACAAGCCCUGGAGGAAGCUCGAGUUCUUCUGGUCAAUUCCGAUGGACCCUGGGGUGAGCAGAGCACCGGCGUCUCGGGUGUAGUGGGUGUCGAAACUCUGAAGAAUCUUGUGCUUCCCGGCAUUGGGGGUUUCACCAUCGUGGACCCGGCCCUGGUGACCGAGCCCGACCUGGGAGUCAACUUCUUUCUCGAAGAGGAGAGCCUGGGGAAGUCUCGAGCCCAAGAGACUUGCCGCUUGCUGAGAGAACUAAACCCUGACGUAGAAGGAAAUUCUGAAUCCAAGCCCAUCACGGAGCUUCUGCAAGACCCCAACUUUCUACCACAGUUCAAGCUGGUCUUAGUAUCGGGACCGGUCAAAAGGUCGACCCUCAGCAGCCUCAGCAGUGCUGCCAAGGCACUGGGCAUCCCUGUCCUGUAUACGCGCUCAGUUGGAUUCUACUCCACAUUUUCUCUCCAGCUCCCUGCUGCCUUUCCCAUAGUAGAGACUCAUCCGGACCCUGAAAGCACCCAGGAUCUCCGCCUCCUGAACCCCUGGCCUGAGCUGGCGGCGUCUCUAGCUGGCAUUAGUAAUCUGGAGACUAUGGACGACCAUCAGCAUGGCCAUGUACCUUACAUCUUGCUCCUACUCCACUACCUAGAAAAGUGGAAGGAGACUCAUGACGGGAAUCUCCCAUCUAAUUACAAAGAGAAGAUUGCAUUCAGGGAGUUGGUGCGGUCUGGUGCACGCACAGCUAACCCAGAGGGUGGGGAGGAGAAUUACGAUGAGGCCGUCGCCGCGGUAUUGAAGUCACUGAAUCCCUUCACGUUGCGGAGCUCACUGCGCGAAAUUUUCGAGAUGGACGAGUGCAACACCCUGACCUCCAACUCGGCGGACUUCUGGCUCAUUGCAUCAGCAAUCCGUGACUUCUACACAAAACACAGAGUCCUGCCGCUGCCUGGCUCCUUGCCUGAUAUGAAAGCACAGUCAGCCGACUACGUGUCGCUGCAAAACAUCUACAAGUCCAAGGCACGAGAAGAUCUGGCAGAGGUGAUUGAGACUGUGCGGGGUCUUGAAGCCAAACUCAGCCCUCGACCGGGACAAAUCGCAGACAAGGACAUCGAAGUAUUCUGUAAGAACGCAGCACAUAUUAAAGUGAUUCAUGGCCGCGACCUGCCUCUAUUAGACGGCGACACGCACACACUGAAAGCUAUCCAUAACGCCCUAGGCGAUCCUGAAUCACUGAUCUCAACUUUCCUGGGGUUUAAUAUCCUGGAUAGUAUUAUCACCGAGAUCCAGACCGGCGCGCUGAACCAGGAAGCGUUGGAGUCUUCACUCGCGUGGGAGGCAGGAGUGGAUCGGGUGAUCCAAUCCCUUACGUCGGAGGUCUCGGCGACCAUUGACGAGGAAACAAAGCAGCGAAUUCUCCGCACGACCCAGGAGCUUCAGCGCAUGCAGGGCGGAGACUUGCACAACGUGUCUGCUCUCACGGGAGGGCUAGUCGCUCAGGAGGCUCUCAAGGUGAUUACGAGGCAGUAUGUCCCCUUGGAUAACACUUGCGUGUUCGAUGGGAUCCGAAGCCGUAGCGAAAUGUACAGACUUUGA